UCAGCGCCUCCAGAGUGAGAGGAGGAGAAGCGGACAGACAGCCACAGAGAGCGGUCACCGUGUCAUCCUGUAGACGGCACGAUGCAGUCCGUCUUACCACUGCUGCUGCUCGGUCUGCUGCAGCCAUGCACCGCCGGAGCCCCGUUCAAACUGGCAUGUGAACCCACAGAUGGCACAAUUUACCCAUACCACGCAACGACUCUGAACGGGAGUCACACUGUCUACUUCAGUGACUACAAGGGCAAGAGUGUCCUCUUCAUCAACGUGGCCACGUACUGAGGGUUUACCUACCAGUAUGUGGACCUGAAUGCACUACAUGAGGAGAUGAAACCACUCGGCCUCACCGUUCUCGGCUUUCCCUGCAACCAGUUUGGGAAACAGGAACCAGGGCUAGCCCAUGAAAUUCCACUAGGCAUAAAGUAUGUCAGACCAGGCAAUGGAUAUGUUCCAAACUUCCUGCUGUUUGAGAAAGGUGAUGUGAAUGGAAAGAACGAGCAAGAGGUUUACACUUUCCUUAAGACCUCCUGCCCUCCAGUCGGUGACGUCCUGGGUGACCGCAAAAGAUUGUUCUGGGAUCUCUUGAGGCUCUACGACAUCAAGUGGAACUUUGAGAAGUUUCUGGUGGGACCGGACGGGAAGCCGGUGAUGAGGUGGCACCCAAGUAUCCCCGUUUCCGAGGUCAAAGCCGACAUUCGCAAAUACCUGCUCUCACUGUACACACAGGAGGUGUUUAAUUAGAUCUCUGACUAUGAAGUACCUGUAGUGAAUUUAUGUAAGAUGUAAAAGAGUAAUGUUGACAGAUUCUGAUACAUGAAGAUGGCAUGCUGAAUGAAGAGGAGGCAUGAAAGCAGGAACUCUGCGGUGCCUCUUCGGAGUCUGGGGCUCAGGCCAGCUCUCGAGUGCAUUCGGGCUGCCCUGCAAAUCCCACAGCAUCAUGUCAUCUUCUCAUCUCGGGACCUGUUAGUCAUUACAACCUAAAUGUUAAGUACUUCUAAUAAAUCAUGGAGAACAACA